UUUGAAGCAACCGUGUACCAAUAGGUUAGUCCUCCCACUUUUCAUUUGUCACAGCCCUCUAUUCCACGCCGCGGCACGUCAAUGGCUGCCGAACAGCGCGCGAUUUCGCUGGCAGACAGUACCGAAAGCCUGUUUGAGCGCGCGCCCCUUUGGCAGCGGGAACCGUAAUGGCCAGCGCAAAGCCUACGGUGCAGCCAAGGCUUCGGCCAGUUGCUCUGCCGAUGCGCUGGGAACAACACGAAGAAAAGGUACAUGCUACAAGUAGCGACUUUCUGAUGUCGCAGCGCGAGACAACAUGGUCUACUUGAUAGGCGGAUACGCCACGGCAACGAAGUCGUUAGCUGGAAACGCGGCGAAUGAGAAGCCUCGCAGCCAUCCGCCAUCUGCACCACAGUGGACUCGGGCCAAUGCAUGAACGAUUCCCUCGCCCGCAACAACAGGCUGGACCAGAAGGAGGCGGGAAAAAGCGACAAGUGACGAGCAAUGAUGCAAACCAAAGACAUUGUUGGUUGAAGUCUUUGCUUUGCAUCUGCUGUUGCAGUCCUUCACACUCACCUCACUCACUGAUAUUGCGCUGUCAGUCACAGCUGCACGUUCUGCCCCUCCCCCCUGCUACUGCUGCGCCUUGCUGCAGAGCUCCCUCCAGGCGUCGUCUCCAGCGACCGUCAGCGCCUCACCACCGCUGUAACCUGGCCGGCUCAGCGCGGUACCGUUCCAAGGUCUAGCUGUCACACAGGCCCCGCUAUUGAUCAUCACGUGACCUGCACAGUCCCCCCUUGGCCACUGCACCUCUCGCUGCCCCCGCCGCUAUUGGCCACAACAGGGCCCGCUAACUGUUUACCCCUCCAGCGCAGGCAAAAUGAGAUCAGCCCUCUUCAAACCCCUCCUACCCCGCCAGGCUUUCUGCUCUUCUAGCCCGAGAACUUUCUCUCUUCCUCAACUUGCUUCUUCUUCUUUCACCUUCCAAGCAGCUAGACUUUUCUCAGCAACCGCAACAAUGGGUAACACUAAGGUUUUCUUCGACAUCGAGUGGCAGGGCCCCGUCUUCCAGAACGGCAAGGCCACCACCAACGUUCAGAACCAGAAGGGCCGCAUCAACUUCAACCUCUUUGAUGACGUCGUCCCCAAGACCGCUGAGAACUUCCGCGCUCUCUGCACCGGCGAGAAGGGCUUCGGCUACAAGGGCUCUUCCUUCCACCGCAUCAUCCCUGACUUCAUGCUUCAGGGCGGUGACUUCACCCGCGGUAACGGCACUGGUGGCAAGUCCAUCUACGGCGACAAGUUCGCUGAUGAGAACUUCCAGCUGAAGCACGACAAGCCUGGACUGUUGUCCAUGGCCAACGCUGGUGCCAACACCAACGGCUCUCAGUUCUUCAUCACCACCGUUGUCACCUCUUGGCUCAACGGCCGCCACGUCGUUUUCGGCGAGGUUGCCGACCAGGAGUCCAUGGACGUUGUCAAGGCCCUCGAGGCUGUUGGCUCCGGCAGCGGUAACCCCAAGUACGAGCAGCGCCCUACCAUCGUUGACUGCGGUGCUCUGUAA